GACGCGGCUGCCUCGGGACCUGGACGCCGACCGGACCCAGGCAGGACACCUCCGGCCCGGCCGGCCCGGGAAGGACUGAGGCCACGGCCCGCCCCGCCUGGCUGUCGCUGCCGCAGCCGCCGCUUCCCGGGACCAGAAAAUGCACCCCAGGACUCUCCCGCCCCAGCCACUGCUGUUUCUGCUGCUCCUGCUGGCGGUCCCGAGGCCCAACCAGGGCUGCCCAUCUGGCUGCCAAUGCAACCAGCCCCAGACUGUGUUCUGUACUGCCCGUCGGGGAGCCACGCUGCCCCCCAACGUGCCCCCAGACACAGCUCAGCUGUACGUGUUCAAGAAUGGCAUCACCACGCUGGAUACAGGCAGCUUCUCGGUUCUGCAGAGCCUAGAGCUCCUUGACCUGUCCCAGAACCAGCUCGCCAGCCUGCCCGGCAGCGUCUUCCAGCCCCUUGCCAGCCUGCGGAACCUGGACCUCACAGCCAACCAGCUGCGCGAGGUCACCAACGAGACCUUCAGCGGUCUGUGGCGCCUGGAGCGUCUCUACCUGGGCAAGAACCAACUGCACCACAUCCAGCCUGGUGCCUUCAACGCGCUCGGCAGCCUACUGGAGCUCAAGCUGCCCGACAACGAGUUGCGAGCACUGCCCCCUCUGCAGCUGCCACGCCUGUUGCUGCUCGACCUUAGCCGCAACCCGCUGGCUGCCCUGGAGCCUGGCGCCCUGGACACACCGCACGUGGAGGUGCUGUGGCUUGCCGGCCUGGGGCUGCGGGACCUGGACGAGGGGCUGCUGGGACGCCUGCGCAAUCUGCAUGACCUGGACGUGGCUGAUAACCAGCUGGAGCGUGUGCCGACUGCCUUAUGGGGUUUGCGGGGCCUGACCCGCCUGCGGCUGGCCGGCAACACCCGCAUCGCCCAGCUGUGGCCCGAGGAACUGGCAGGCCUAACGGGCCUCCAGGAGUUGGAUCUCAGCAACCUGAGCCUACGGGCCCUGCCACGGGAACUUUCAGGCCUCUUCCCACACCUGCGGCUCCUGGCAGCCGCCCGCAACCCCUUCAACUGUGUAUGCCCGCUGAGCUGGUUUGGGCCAUGGGUGCGGGAGAGCCACGUGGCUCUGGCCAGCCCUGAGGAGACUCGCUGCCAUUUCCCACCCAAGAACGCUGGCCGACUGCUCCUGGACCUGAGCUAUGCUGACUUUGGCUGCCCGGCAACCACCACAACAGCCACGACGCCGACCAGUGGGCCCACAGCGGGGCAGCCCACCCUACCCACUCCUGCCAGCACCACGCUCACCCACUUCCACUUCGCGGAGCCAACCACCAGGCUGCCCAGCCUGCCACCCGCCGCCCUCCCCACUACGGGACCAGCCCCCUCAGCCCAGGACUGCCCUGAGUCCACCUGUCUCCAUGGGGGCACCUGCAUCCUGGGGCCACGUCUCCUUUCCACUUGUCUGUGCCCAGAGGGUUUCACGGGCCUGUUUUGUGAGAGUCUGAUGGGGCCCCACCAAGCUCCUGCCACCCAAUGGCCCGCCAGGCCCCCACCAUUGGGCAUAGAGCCGGCCAGCCCUACAUCUCUGCGCGUGGCCCUGCGCCGCACUCUACAUGGUGUCCCCGGGCAGCUCCGCAGCCUCCGCCUCACCUACCGCAACCUGUCAGGCCCUGACGGGCGGCCUGUAACAUUGCGGCUACCUGCCUCGUUGGCUGAGUACACAGUUACCCAGCUGUGGCCCAAUGCCACCUACUCCAUCUGCGUGCAGCCCCUGGGGGCCGGGCAGGUACCUGAAGGUGAGGAGGUGUGUGGGGAGGCCCAUACCCCACCAGACACGCGUUCUAGCCACGCCCCAGUCACUCAAGCCCGCCAAGACAAGCUGCCCCUCCUCAUCGCGCCUGCACUGGCUGCUGUGCUCCUGGCUGCACUGGCCGCUGUGGGCGCCGCCUACUGUGUGCGACGGGGACGGGCGGCUGCAUCAGCUCAGGCCAAGGAACAGGGGGUGCCCGGGGCUGGGCCUCUGGAACUGGAGGGAGUGAAGGCCCCUCUGGAGCCAGGCUUCAAGGCUGCUGAGAGUGGGGGGGAUGCCCUGGCCAGCAGGCCGGAGUGCGAGGUGCCACUCAUGGGCUACCCUGGGCCUUUGCCCGCAAAGCCCUACAUCUAAGCCGGGGGAGGCAGCUGCCCAGAGUCCAAGGAUGCGUUGGGAAAGGGCCAGUCCCCCACCUGACCUCCUCCUCAGAAGAUUUGGACACCGAGUCUGCGACCUCUGAGGUCCUGGAGCCCGGCCUCCUCCGUGGAGCACGGUCUGCAGUGGUAUGGCUGUGUGCUGGUCACAGGCCCAGGCGGGGAGCCCAGGAUCUCUCAGCCCAAGGAACCCCCUCCCCUCUGAGCAGGGUCAGAGGGGCUGGGGACAGACAGGUAGCCCCAGGAGCAACAAAGAAGGAGCAGAAGAAACUGGAAGACAGACACUUUGGAACAGAUUGUUUGCUUCAUAAAAUAUAUUUAUGAGAGAGCCUUUCCCGUUUGUUCCGGGAAGAACACUUUCUGAACUCAGACAAGGACUUGAGUUUUUUGGGUUUUUUUUUUUGGUUUUUUUGUAAGACAAAUGAGAAUAUGAAGGCCUUUCUUUUUGUAAGAAAAAUAAAAGAUAACAUGA